AUGGAAGCGACUUCUUCUCUGUGUUCAUCAUCCCCUGUUCUUCUUCCUCCACAACCAUCUUCUUCGUUUGCAGGUUCACGGAAUCGGAGAUUGGGUUUCCGGCAACAGAAGGUACCCAUUUCCGCCGUGAGAAGAGGCGAGUGCGAUUGGGGUUAUGGCGGACGGCUUGUGGAUGAGAGUAUGAUAGUGCUGAGAAGGAGGAUUCAUGAGACGAAGAUGGUGGAGAGGAAUUACGAACCACCGGAGGAUUGGAUGGAGUGGGAGAAGAAGUACUAUACAACCUAUGAUGCCAGUAUUUGCAGAGCAGUUGGGGUUUUGCAAUCUCAAUUGAUGAACACAAGACCCAGUUUGGCUCUUGGAAUGCUUGCACUCGUUGCAUUAAGUGUUCCCACAUCCACAGUGAUGAUCAUGUUACAGUUGAUGAAUGUAGCUAAUGGAAUCUUGUCUGGGAUUCAUCUCAUCAACUGA